ACUCACUCCAGCUAACCACACACAACUCUCUCUCUUUCUCUCUCUCUCUCUCUACCUCUCCCGAUCUCGUCUCCAUUUUACACUUGCUUACAAAUACAAUCUUCUUUCUUUCUAUUUUAGGGAGCUGCGAUCUCAGCUUUCAUGGCCACCGUACUCGAUUCCCUCUCCAUUCCUCGCUCUCAUUUUUUUCCCAAACCUACACUUUCUCCUUGCCUGACUGCUUCUGCCUCUCCGAUUUCAUCUACCAACCGGAGACCCGCCGUCAGGUUACCGGAGGCUAGAGGUCUCAAGAUUCGGUCCUUCGAAUCCAUCGCUCAGAUGCCUAGUCUUUCUAGACUUGUUCGUGGUGGGAGGAUUGUAUGCGAGGCGCAGGAAACUGCUUUUAAAGUGCUUCCUGUUAAUGAGAAAACAUGGCGUGACCUUGUUCUUCUAUCAGAAAUCCCUGUCCUUGUUGAAUUCUGGGCUCCAUGGUGUGGUCCUUGCCGUAUGAUUCACCCAGUAAUCGACGAACUUGCUGGGGAAUAUGCUGGAAAACUUAAAUGCUACAAACUUAAUACUGAUGACAGUCCUGCGAUUGCAACGGAAUUUGGAAUUCGAAGCAUCCCAACUGUUAUGAUAUUCAAGGAUGGUGAGAAGAAAGAUGCUAUUAUUGGUGCAGUUCCUAAAAGUACUUUAAUCAGUAGCAUAGAGAAAUUCUUGUAAAAGGGGAGACUGGAGAGCAUUUGCUGGAUCUAAAAUCAGUUUAGAAUUGCUUUCUUCUCUCUUUAGCUUUCAAUGCCUUUUCAUAAUAAACUCAAGUGUUCCUCUGUAUAGUUAUUGGAAGCGGCUGUGCUUUAUUUUAGCUUCGGAUAAUAUUAGAUAUAUCACUUGUUACUUUCA